AUGGAGUACUUAACUAAUGAAAAACUCCUUAAAUAAUAACAAUCAGCUCUAUUUUCUAUCAACAACUCUCGUUCCAAUAGUGUAUCUCGAUUCCCAAUUCCUAGUUCAAGAGCUACUCACGAUCCUGUCUAACCUCUAAGAUCAGCUGAUUUAUUCAAUAGAUUAGAAGACAUACUAAAAUAAAAGUAGAUGAGUACAACUACUAGAAAGAGACAAAAACAAAUUUCAUGCAUUUUAAAUUCAUAAGCAACUCAUGAAGCAAAAAAACAUUAUAUCGAAAAUAGUUGUUACAAAUCUCCCAAUAGAAUACAAGAGGUACCAUCUACAUCUGGAUUUUUGAAUGUUGUAAGUUUAAUUGUAACCAUUAUUUUAGUAUAAUGUUGAGGCUAGAAGUAGAAAGUAAACAUAACCAGCCUACAUAGGUUCUCCUUUGAUAAAUUAAUAAAAUUAAAGUGCUAAAAAGAAAAAUGUGAUUUAGACUUAAUUUUAAGAGAGUUAUCUUUAAAAUAGAAAAAAAAAGGAAAGCUUAAAAAAAUUUUAGGAUGAGUUUAACAAUAUGUAAGAGAAAAUUAAAAUUAGAAAUCAUGUAUGUAAUUAUUUUUAUUAUUAAAAAGUCUAUUUUAAAUGAAUAACCAGAAAAUUGUGGAAAAGUUGAGAAAUAAGAAUUAAAAGAAAAUAAAAUGGAUAUUAAUAUUAGUGCUAUACUAAAUAAAGAGAAUAAUAAUAAUAAUACAAUUAAUAAAUUAAACUAAUAAUUACAAUUAUAAAAUAAUCAUCUUUAAGAGCAAUUAUUAUUUGAAAAAAAUCAAAAUUCCAAAUUAAAUUUACUGAUUAAUAAUCUAAAUGAUUAAAUUGCCAAUCUGAAUAAGUAUUAUUAAUUUUAAUGAUAUUCUAGAUAAUUAAAUCAAUAAAGCUAAUAAUCAAAUGAAGAUUAAGUUAAUAGAGAUACCUAAAUUUAAUAAUUAAAAUAAUAGAUUUAAUAAUUAGAUUCAAAUAUAUAAUAAAAGGAUAAUGAAAUCAAUAAUUACAAAUAACAAAUAUAAGAAUUUAAUAAUGUAUAUAAGGAUAUGUAAGAAUUAGAAAAUCUCUGUUAAUAAAUGUCAUAUUUAAGUAUGUAAACUUCUUAAUAAAAUUUAUUAAUUCUUGAAAUUAAAGAGUUACUUCAAAUUUAAUUUAAUAUUAUUGAAAAAGUAACAAAUCAUAAAGAUUUUCCAAUAGAAUAGUUAUUAAUUUAGAAUAAAAAGAAAAGACCUUAAAUACCAAAAUAAAUUGAUUAUUAAGAAUUAAGUUAAGAAACUACUAGGAUUAUGGAAAAUUUAGUUAAAUUAAUAAAAGCUUCUGUAGAUUAGUUAACUGAAAGAUUUAUACAUGAUUUGCUUAUUUGA